AAAUCCACUAAAACCUUCCACACUGUCUCUUCAAUGGCACAACAUCUAGCUCUACCUCUUUUGCUCCCAAUCCCACCGCCCAUAAAGCCGCUCUUUCUUAAUCAAAACCAUCACAAUCCUCAAUCCACAACGCCCUUAUCACCACCACAACAAACGACUUCACCAUCUCCCUCUUUCACUCCUCUUCUUCAAGACUUCCUUCACCAACAAAACCCCUCGCACACUUCUUCACAACACUUUAACUCUCCAUCUUUCAUACCCAGAAACAGAACCCGAAUUGGGAAGUCACGUGACGUUAACCACGGGAAACCCUGGUCAAACCACCACCUCUCCGAUGCAGGUCAGCGGGUUCUCCAAUGUUUAAUUGAUGAAUCUUUCGAUGUGAAAGAUAUUGAUAGUGUUUUGUUACAGUUAUUUGAGUCAUAUCGGGAAAACCCAGAUGUAAUGAUUGAUGGUUUGAGUUUUGAUAUGUUGGGUAUUGUUAAGGGUUUAGGGUUUUACAAGAAAUGUGACUUGGCGUUGAGUGUGUUUGAGUGGCUUAGGAGUCGUAAAGAUUGUGAGUUGGUCUUGAAUGGUUCUGUUAUACCUGUAAUUAUUAGCAUGUUAGGGAAAGAAGGUAAAUCAGAUUCCGACGGUGGUGGCUAG